AUGACGACCACCACACUUCUUACCGAGCAGACGCCCAUCAGUGGAGCCAAUGGCAAUCUUCUGGACUGGGCCACCCUCAGUCCAACCGCUCUCUCCCUGCCCACAGCGGAUUCUUCCUCUUAUGACCCUGCUCUUCUGAGCGACGAGGGUCUCCAGAUCCUCGAUCCCGCUUUUCUUUCAAAACGCACAGACACCAGCAUGAAUAAUAUUAAUGACAAGAAUAACAACCUGGAAUCCACCUACGAUCAACUUCCGGAGCUAAAGCCAGCUUCCGCCAAUGAGAUUGAGAUUACUCCAAACAUCUACUCCGCCCGACCCUCGCGCUCGUCCAUCGCCAGCCUUUCAUCCACAACUUCUACUUCCACUUCCACUUCCGCUGCCACAGGAUCAGAAACCACUUCUCCCAGAAAAGCUGCCAAAUCCAGCAAACGCAACUCAAAAUCAAAGGUAUUCGACAAGAACGACCCCCGUCGCGAGAGAUAUCUCGAGCGCAACCGGCGCGCAGCCAGCAAAUGCCGCCGCCAGAAGAAAGAGCGCAACCAACAACUGGAGAACCUCUAUCGCAAACAGUCAGCAGAGCAAGAGCGCCUUCUCUCGGAACGCGACCGUAUGCGCUCGGAACUCCUCUCUCUGAAAGAUGAACUGCUGAAACACGCGCAAUGCGAAGACCCACCGCUCAAAUUCUACAUUGCUCAAAUGGUCGAGGAGGCCGGUGCGGCUGUAGCGCCAGCCCGAUCAAUGAGUACCUACUCUCCUGUGUGCCCUCAGCAGCAGGCGCAGCCCCUUCUAUUCAAUGGCAAUGAUGCCUUGCAACAACAGUCCCCGACAAUGAAGACAUCUAUCGCUUCAGACGCACCGUGGACCACGUCGGGUGCUGACUUUGUGGAUUUUGUUCAAUUGUGA